AUGGACCAGGGAAACUCCCCUAGCAGGGAUGUCGCAGUACAAACCACACCCAUCGAGACUGGGGUGGAUAGCUUCGCUCAAACCGAUGAAACACCCCUUGGUGUAGUCUUGAGAGAUGUCAGAAUCGACACCCUUUUACCCCGGUUGGCAAGGCUUUUGGAUGCUCGAUUGGCGUCGCUAACACUGGGAGAUGGAGAAGAAGGGGAGGAGGAUGAAGAUGGAUCUCGGGUCCAUGCAGCACUCCAUUGGUUGGCCGACUCGGGGCCCGAUUCGAGUGACGACGACAAUAAUGAUGAUUAUGAUGAUGAUGUGGAAGGGGACGCUCCUGGGCUCACAAACGGCCACUCCGGUCAGUGA